AUGGCUCUUUCGGCAUUUCUGAGCAGUCAAAACACAGAAUUAGCCGACGAAAUCGCUCGUAACCUGUAUGUGGACAAUAUCCUACUACAAGCCGAAUCGCCAGAAGAAGCCGUGCAAAAAUAUUACAAGUCAAAGCAACUAUUCGCUCGAAUCGGCAUGAAUCUUAGAGAGUACAUCUCAAGUUCUAAAGAAGUUAAUCAGCGUAUUCCAAAAGAGGAUAGACUGGAAUCAAACUGCCUAAAAGUGCUCGGUGUUGAAUACAAGCUAGAAAAUGACGCCUUUCAAGUCACUACAAACUUUCGAAACGCCGUUAAUGGAGCAAUUAUAUCAUUGCCUCGACCUUUCAAUCCAGGUGCGAAGAUACGCCUGUGGGCAUUCGCAGAUGCAAGUAACGCUGCAAUCGCGACCUGUGCCUACGGGCAAAACGUCCUCUCAAGGUCAAUAUCUAGCCUAAUUAGUGGAAAAACACGAUUGACACCAAGAAAAUGUCAUCAAACAAUUCCGAGGUUAGAACUUAUCGGACUAUUAAUGGCAAUGCGCCUUACUAACUCGAUUGUUUCAAACGUCGGCAAGUCACAUAUUACAGUUGAUUCAAUAUCAGUAGUGACGGAUAGUGAAAUCGCAUUAUGGUGGUUGAAAUCUACAAAAAAAUUGCCGCUUUUCGUUGCUAAUACGCGAGAGCGGAUCCUCAAAAUCAAAACAGCCAUAGAAGCAAAAGGAAUCUCCUUGUCAUUCUUUCACGUAAUCACCUCUCAUAACCCUGCAGAUGCCGGCACAAGAGGUUUAAGCGCUCAAAAUAUCAACAACAGCGACUGGGUACGUGGUCCAAAAUGGCUUGAAGCAAAUCCUGCCACAUGGCCAAUAAAAUCUAUAGAAUAUAUCACCGAGACACCUUCAGAAAGUGAUGACAACCAAGUAACGCCAAAAAUAAACAUCUUGGCACAAACCAGCGAAAAUUCGCCUCAACUCAUCGAUCUGACAAGAUUUUCGACUUUGCCAAAAGUGCAUCGAGUAGUUGCCAUAGUUAAUAAAACGCUAUCUAAUUGGGCUUCACUCACGAAUAAAAACCGUAGCACAAAGAUCGAGUUACUAAAUGUCUCGAAAUUCAGCUCCGCCAAAGAGAUAUCGUCCACAGAAAUCGAAUUGGCAGAAAGAAUUGUCCUUCUACAAGAACAACGCCAUGAAGAUAUCAAAACGUUACAAAAGCGAUUCACUGACAAAAAUCUUAUUCGAGACGAAAAUGGUUUAAUUCAGGCAUCAAUCGCGUUUACAAAACGCAGCGAUUCCUCGAGAUACCAAAUCGCCUAUUUAUGUUCCUACAAAAUCAGAAGCUCAUUCGCUUGA